AUGAGGUAAGAAGAUGAAAACUAAAAGGGGAAUUUAUUACUUUCUCCUCCUAUCUAGUAGCAACAAAAGUUCUAAGAAUGUCAGAAGAAAAAGGAGUUUAAGUGGACUGAAAUAGUUGCUGAGCAAGAAACUGUAUCGGAAUACAUUCUUUCAACUAUUGCUAACUGGGAUAAAUUUCCUUUGAAUAUGAAGAUAUAAGUGUUAGAAUAAUUCAAUUUAAUGAUUGAGUCGACUAACUUUGAGGAGGAGGAAGAUAUUGUUUUGAAGUCCAACUGCAAUUUCAUUGAUAUGCUUAAACAUAAUAAUCCAAAGAUUGUCUAAAUAACUCUUAAAAUACUCAUUCUAUACACACAAAAAGCAUAAUCGAUAAAUUACAACGUGCCUCAUUUAGUCAGUUAGCUGAUUUCAAAAGUCAUGAUUAGAAAGGAAUUCAGAGAGGCUACAAUAAAACUAUUUAUGCUCAUAUUUAAUAAAUGCAGAGACGGACUAAACUUUGGAAUAUAAGAAUUAUUCUCGUCUUCAGCUCCUAAGCCUAUUUGUGAGACUCUUAACUUGUUUGAAUUACUCUUGCUCAAAAAAGAAAUAGGAAUGAAGGAAUUUCUGAAACAGUAUCUUUCUUAAGUAUACGAAUACACGCAAAAUCAAUACUAAGAAGUAAGAUCCUAAGCUCUUAAACUUUUUGUUUCUCUUAUAAAAGAGUAUGGAGAAUCGUUUAUUGUGCCUUAUAAAUCGAAGCUGAAGAGUAAUCAAAUAGAUUUUGUCAAUAAAUAAUUACAGAAAGAUUCAAAUGCUAAUUCAUUGAAAUCGCCUAACAUUAAAUUAGCUGUAGUUGUUGUCCAAAAGAAGUAGCUUUCUAACCAAAGUUCUCAUUCUAAUUUAUCUAGGCCUUCUCAAUCUAGCUAAGCACCAAACGAAAAACCAUCAGCUGCUACUUUUAAAAAGAUUCCAAUCAAUCACACUUAAAAUAACAAUAAUGGAGGAGGAUCUAACAAUGAGGAUUAAGCUAUAAAUAAUUAAAAAAUAAACAAUGAAUUGAAUACAUUAUCUCGAAAGGUUAUUAAACAUUUUGAAAAAAACAUUUUUAAGAAAAAAACUGAGCUUUAAAGUAAAAGUUUAAAAGAUGAAUAAAUAUUCAGUAUGAAUGACUUGUCUAGAUCAAGAUCUAGCAUUAAUUCUAAGAAAUAAAAAAAGAAACAUUCUGACACAUUUAGCUAAGCUGAUUAAGAAGACAGCUCUUAUGAGAAAAACUCUGAGUUUAGCAUGAAAACUAGCAAAGAAAACAGUUUAAUCGCUAAUCCUCAAUUAGUUUAACUCAAAAAAGCUACAAAUAUUUAUGAAAAGGCUGUUGUUAAAUCAGAAUUAGCAGAAAUUCUUGAAGCUGGAAUAGGAGAAACUAAAAAAAAAUACCAUCCUAAGAUUGAAAUAAAAAAUAGAGAUAAAAAGGCAUCCUCUGUUUAUAAAAAAGAAAAAAGUGUUGCAAUUUCAUCUAAAAAGGGCAGCGAACUAGCUUCUGUCUCUUCAAAGGCAGCAAUGUCAAAAUCAUCAUCUCAAUCGUCUCUGGCUCCUAUUUCAAAGAAAUUCAAAUCAGAAUAAGAUUUAGUUUUUAAUAAACCAAAAGUAAAAUAAGGACAAAGUGAUAAACGAGUUGAUGUAUAAAGCAGAUAGUCAAUAACUCCAAAUGGAGUCGAUGAAGACUCUUAUUAUGCAAGCCCUAUUCCAAAUAAAUUUGGAAGCACUAAAAAUUCUCCAAAUAAAAAUGUAGAUUUAAACUUAAAUACGGAAGUGAAUAACAUUUAAUACAGCUUUUCUAAAGAUCUCAGUGCAUAGCAAAACGAAAGUGAGUCUGGUUAUAAGUUUUUGCAAGAUUUGUUGCACUUUGAAAAUAAAAUAAAACUUGAAAACAGCAAAAUUUUUAAUGAUAAGUUUGUUUCAAACGAUUCAUCAAUUCAAAUUUAAGAAGAAGAAACACCUUUUGGAAUUGAUAAUGAUGACUUUUAUGCUGCUCCAAAUCUUGAUUACAACUCUGAUUCAGAUUAGAAAGGUUAAUUCAAUUAAGAUUAGUUUUCAAAGUAAAGAAAAUCUCCUUAGAAAGCAGAUAAUGUUACUCCAAAUGGAGUUGAUGAUGAUUCUUGUUAUGCCUAACCAAACAGUGAACAAGAUCUAGACGAAAGCUUAUAAAGUGAUAAUAUUUAAAAUGAAGAAACGCAGCAAGGAGAUGCCAUGCUUCAAAAACUCUAAUAAAACUAAGAAAAGUAGUAAACCAAAGUUAAAAAAGAUUUUGCUAAAAAGAAAAACGAAGAGCCGAAACAAAAAAGUAGAAACUCAAUUUGCUCAUAAAAAUCAACACCAAAUGAAGAUAUUCAAAGAUAAAAAGAGGAAAGUGAAAACAAAAUGAAGUAGCAGGAAGAAGAAUAAUAAAAUGUAGACAAUGAAAUGGUGCAAAGCAUUGUACUACAGAAAAAGCAAUACCAACUUAAUUAAGAUGAGCUAUCUCAAAGCUUACUUCAAGUCGUAGAAGAAGAAUCUAAUAAAUUGAGUUACGUUUCUGCUGCUAAACAACUUUCAGAUAUCUCAUUAUAGAUGAGUUUUUUUAAGUAACAAGCAGACAAUAAUAAUGAUUUGUUAAACAAUCCUUCAAAUAUCAUAGAAUCAAACUAUCUAGGCUAAUUAAGUGAUGUCUUAAAAUUCAGUAAUAGAAAGGAGCAAAACAUUCCUCAUUUCUACCAAGAUGCCAGUGGAGCAGAGGAAGACAAAGCUAACAAUAUUAGCAACUUUUAUCACUUUUAAGACGAACUGAACUUUUAAUCUCAGCAAAAAGAAAAUAGUUAAAACCAAGAAAUUAGAGGAUACUUUUUUAACUAGGAUUUAAAAGAUAUCCUUUCGGUUGUAGAAAGUGCUGAAUAAAAGCAUUACUUCUUUAAUCAAUAAAAGCUUCCAUAAAAUAAAUAAUAAAACAGUUUAUCUCCAAACAGUUAGCAAAACAACUAGCUACCAAAGCCAAAAGAAUCCAUUUAAUAAGAUAAUAAAAUUAAGAAAAAAAGUUCAGUACAUUCACAGCGCUCAAGACAGCCUUCUCAGUCUCCUCACAAACAACAAUUCUACAAUAAUAAAGAGAAAAACGGUAUUAAAGAUGAGGAAAGAGAAAAUGCAAAAUAAAUAAUAAACAAAUCUUAGUAAAUGAAUGAUACUGUGCUCAAUUCUUACAUUUUUCUGUUCAAUGACAAAUUAGUGAAUAAACUUUUCCAAUAGCAAAAAGAUAAAAUUAUUUAUAUAGUCAACAAGGAUACAGUCAAUUAAUGGUUUAACUCGAGAGAAUAUGAUAACGUCAGUAUCAUUUCCUUUUUGAUUCACUAUAUAGGACACUAAUUCGAACGUGAAGAUUUUUCCUAUCUCUCUAAAUUUUGGAAUUUCUAGAAAUUCUUAUCAUUUAACAAUGCUUUGAUUCAGAGUCUUACAAUUCAUGUCAUGCACUAAUACUUUAAGAAAAUUUAGAAAUACAACUAUAUAAAAUCAAAUAUUAAGCCAAAAUGCUUGAGAGACACCAUUAACAAACUUAUUAAAAUUAUCCCAGUUUCAAGAGAUAAAUUGUUUGAUGAAUCCUUUGCCUUUUUAGAUUUCCUAUUUGAAUUAGACAUUUAUAACGACUAUAUCUUCGAUGCUAUAUCUGAAGUCCUACAAUCAAAUGUCCCCAAAUAAAUUGUUUCGUCAUUGAGAAUCCUUUCCAAUUUCUUACGUUUAUAUGGUGAAAAGCGCCUAAAUUCUUUAAAACCAUUUAUGCACAUCAUCAAGAGCAUAUCAUUUUCAGCAAAUCUCUAAGUGAGAAAUGCAGCCAUUGAGUUUUACUAAGAAGCAUAUUCAUGGAUGGGUGACUCUAUCUUUGAAUACACUAAGUCUUUAAAAAGAACUUAACUUUUAUAACUUGAAAAGGCGUUUUCAUAAGUAAUUUUAAAAGAAAGAAGACCUUUGAAAUGCCCAAUAGAAGUGUUUUAGCCUAUUAUGAAUGAUUCGCUUUAUGAGAAAGAGUAAAAUAUAUUUACAAGCGAUGUUGAUGAGGAAAUUUAAAAACAAGAAUCAUACAUUAGGAAAGCUCUAGCUGUUCAGGAAUGGGUUAACAAAGAUGACUUGAUUCAAAAAAUAGUUGAUGAUGCUUCUAACUAAUUAAAACUCAGGGAAUAAAAUUAUUCCAAUAUCAUAUAAAUAAUUUUAGAAUUGUUAGGUGACUGGAAUAAAUAUUUGAUUGAAAACACUCUCAUUUUGAUUAAAAAUUUAGCAUAAAAACUUAAGAAAGAUUUUUGUCAAGGCGGAAUUGAGCUUUUUGAAGCUGUUUUUGAGCUUUAUUCUGUAGACAAAAGUAUUAACAGAGAUAAAAUUAGCAAAGCCUUAGUGAGUCUGUUUGUGGUAGCAGGACUUAAGCAACUGCUUAAAAUAAUCUUAAAAAUUCUUGCAAAGAAGAGAAACAUUAAAGAAAUUUUAAACGUGCUAAAUUUCGGAUUAAGGAAAAGUGAUGCUGGAUGUGUUAUAAAAAUAAUUUAAGAAGUUUAAAUCUACUUGAGCGAUAAAGACAGCAACACUAAGAUAGCAGCUUUUGAUUUGUUUGGAGUAAUAAGAUACAUUUAUGGUAAUCCAAUAAUUGAACAAAAUCUUAAUUAAGAGUAUAAAAAUAACAGGUUUAUACUCUAAAAGAUCUAAGAGAGUCAUGUUAAAUGUGCUAAAAUGAAAAGCUUAAGUAUUCAAAAGAAGAAGUUGGAAGAACUAAAGAACUCUAUCAGCAAUAGCUAUUCAAACUCUGAAAUGAGCACUGCUUCUUAUGAUAAAUAAUACUUCUAUGUCUAAAUACAAAAUUGCUCUUUUUCUUCUAAGAAGGGUUAAAUGCCCAUAUAGUAAUUCAAAAUAUAGAAAAAGUAAGAACUCUUGCAAAAGUAAAUGUCAGAAGAACCCAUUACAGAGGUCUAUCAAGGAUCUUUUGUCCAUGAGUUCUUGUCAGAGUAGCAAAAAUAACCUCAUUAAAAUGAAGAUGUAGAUGAAAUUUGA